GAUGAGAGCGCAUGAUAGAAUGGAGCAGACAGCUGAUCGUGGGAUGAGCCAGGAGUGAUAAUGUCGGUAAUUCACGCGCACAAACUUCUCCCCCGGGCCAGCCAUACCUUUACACCCCCGGGGAUUGUUCCACACGUAAUAAACCGGUUAAAUAUCACACAGAAAACUAUCCGGCGAAAACCGAUCAGCGACUCCAAGUAAUUCCAAGUAUUUAAGAUGCGACGUUCACCAAAUUUCACCAGAAGUCCCAAAUUGCGGACACGCGCAUGACCUGUAGUAUGCAGAAAUUCCUUGUACCAGCUGGUGGCUACCACACUAAACAACACACGGGAGGCACGUCACAUAUCAGAUAUGGCAUUCUAUCCUAUACAGAAUCAAUUGCAGUUCAAUCUUGAUGUUCCCAGUAAUGUACAGAACCUUGCCUUCAAAUUCCAUCGGCCAAACCCCAUAGUAAUAGAUAAAGGAGGAGGGCCUCCAGGAGUUAUCUUCCCUGCAGGUCAUGCUAGUAUUCAUGGCCAACCACAAGGGGACAUUUCAGGAGGCCUAAACAUGUCAUCCAUGUCUGAAGACAGAAUGUCAAUAGCUAUGAGGCUCGCCCAGAGGGAUAUACGUAAGAAAAAGGAAGAAGAAAAUAUGAAGAAGCAACUUGGAAAAACUAGAACAAGAUCGCGAUCUCCAUCUCCAAAAACUUUCGGAAAAACAAAAGUGAUAAGAGAUCGAGCAUCGAGAGACAGGAUGCGUCGCCAACCAGUGAAAACCAAAACAAAUUUAAAGAUUAAAGAACAUGAUAGGAACCGUAGUCCGAAGAAUGCCAAAACACAAACACCUCCAAGAUUGUCUCGGCCUGGAGGAGGACGUGUGCCUGAUCUGUCAAUGCCAGUAUCGUCACAGUCACCGCCAUCAAGAGAUACAGAUUUUAAAAUCUAUCCAGUCACACGCACAGCUCCCUCGACCCAACCAGACAAGGAAAUAGAGAGACUUCAGCAUGAGAUGGAGGGUUAUUUACAGCAAAUACAGAUAAUUGAACAGCGGGCAAUGAAUGAUCAAAACACAUCUUUUUUACAACCAUCCUCUAAACCUCGCCAGAAGGCUGGAUAUCUAGAAGUGGAAGAGGGAACAGACAGAAAGCAUGUCCGCAUGGAGGAGUUGGCUACACGCACAUCACGCCAGCUCUAUGUGUUACGACACCAAGUCCGCGAGAUGCAGAAUGAGUUCAUCCGCCUUGGACCGGAGAAAGUGAAACACACAAAGAAGAGUCGAAGCUCUGCUCGACUAGCAGCAGCUCACCGUGGUGCUGUGAGAGCGAUCCAGUCUUUCGUUGCUAACCUACCCCAUACAGAUUUAAGUGGGGGACUUCCUUCUACCUACCAUGAGUUGGCCCUCCUCAUCCGUCAGAUGACUCUCCUCAGCAGCCAGGUGUCCUCAGAAAAAUCCACUGUCCAGACUGAUCUACUAAAGAUGUUGGACAAAGUUGAUGACCUGAACAAAGCAUGGUGCAGAGAUUUACCAGAGAAAGAAAUCGCAAAACCUGUGAUUACAAAGACACGGGAUCCUCCGCAGGUACCUCCCACUCGUCAGCAGCCUCAACAGAGGGGUCGCCAAGUACAGAGGAAGAAUACAGGCAAGGAAAAUAGACCAGCGAAAGGGAUCAUGAAACCAUCUACAGCAGGUUCUAGGAAAGUAGAAAAGCCAAGACAGGUUGCUAUGGAUGGCACACCAGAUAGAAGAGCUGCGAUGAGAGCUGGCAUCGCCGCCUUGGUGGAGGCUGGAGAACUAAAGAAAGGUAGAGCAGGUAUGGCUUGGGAAGUAUCAGGACAUCAUCCAUCACAGGCAGCAGGGAAAAGUUUAAUUCUCCCAGCCAAACUACAGGAGAAGAGAGCCCGUGCCCAGAGGGCUACUAUCCAAGUUAAUCCUGACUGUCACUUUGCAGAUCCUACUGUGUCCUCCAAUCUCAAAUCUGUGACCCCUCAACGUAACCUCGUCAUGGAACGAUCCUUCUCUGCCCCACCCACACCCUCUGGGAGAUGGAGAUCUGUUAGCCCUGGACAACAGCGGGAACCGUGGCGACCAGCAGGCACCGGACGAACCCCGUCUAAAGGACGUAGAAGGACCCGAUCACAGAGUCCAGCCCUACAGAGAUGUCACCUCAUCAAAGACAUGCUGGACGGAGACUUAGUCAAAACCUUAUUUCCUGAUGAAAUGGACCACACAGAAAAGAAAAAAACACCAGUUAGAGGAAGGCCACUGUAUUCUGCCACUUCACGAAGAGGAAGGCAAGCACGAUCACAAAGUCCAACAGAGAGACUGGUUGAUAAUGCAGAGAGAGCCAUCCAGAGGAGAUUACAGCCUCUACUGGACCAGGCAGAGGAGAUAGCUUGUCGUCAGGAACAAAUGUUGGCUGCGUCUGAUCCCACCUACAGACAGGGACUUGCAGAUGAGAUCACCAAUCCUAAAGAGAGAAGAGACGUGUUGACUGAGAUGAUACUCCAAGAUGUAAUCACAGACACAGCAGAGGAGUUUCAGGCCCUGGAGCGACAGGAACGGGCAGAGAAGAAGGCUGCUGCCCUGCAGGACCGCCCUACCUUAGAGAACCUCAUGUAUAAACUGGAGCAGAUGGAGGAGGAACGACACAACAUAAGACGGAGAUGGGCAACAGUACAAUUUUCAGAGACAGAGCCAAUAAACAAACCAAGUGUAAAAGAUUUAGGUCGUCCGCUGGCACCAGCUGCUAUGGAGAUCACUAGACACACUGUACCUCCGAGAGCUAUCCAGAAAAAUAUGCACAGGGAAUUCACAAAGAGCAUGGAUGAUGAGCCAAUCAUAUUUACAAAAAUGAAAUCUGAAGUGAAAUUCACUGAAUUCAAGACUGGAUUUCAAACAGGUUUUGAUGAUGGUCCUCUGAAAGAUUCAGCUUAUGAAAUUAGGAGUCGACCAGAAAUACAAGUCUCUAUAUCGAAGAGUGUUCGGGAUAAAAUCAUGUCUGGUGUAGAGGCUUAUGAUAGGUAUCUGAAGAAGACGUCUCACCAGCGUGUUGGAAAGUUUGACCCAUGGAGACUCAUGGAGGAGGUUGCUGACCACAUUCUGGAUGAGUGUUUGGCUGACAUUGCUUUGGAACUUGAGGACUUGAAUGAAGCUAUUGUUACUAAUGUAUGUAAAUCUGAGUUUCUGGUACCUAAGGAGACAGGGGAUAGUCCACCUAUCUCACCAGCCCCCACCCUGCCUAGCCCUGCCUCCAAGGACAGUGCUACUAUGGUGGUGUUUAAGGAUCAGCCAGUACAUUUCUCACUUCCUGCCACAGAUGAUGAGACACAUAUCAAACAGGUAGAUGAUGAUAGUAUGAAGAAAAUCAGUAACAGAGAUGAGGAUUCAGAAGAGGAUGAUGAUGAAGAUGAUGAUGAUUACGAGGACUAUGAAGAUGAUUAUGAAGAAGAGGUGUCAAUUUGAUAUUUGGAAUGUGAUAAAAUAUUGUGAUAAAAAAUGUGUUUGGAUGUUCUGUGUGUAUUUAUGUCAUUUGAUGAAUUAUGAAGGAACACACAUCUAUUGAACUUGAUACUGUGAUCAAAAGUGAGAUUCAAACUUUCCAAAAGUCACAGCUUGAAAUAUCUGUUGUUAAUUAAUUUAAAUAAAUGGUUUCAUACUUCUUUGUUUCCAUACAUACAGGUUUAUAGCAUGAAAUAAAAUGAACUUUGUUUUCAUAUAAGCUUCUUCAUUUGAAUUUAACAUAUAGCAAAAUUCAGAAAAGUGAAAAAAAUAUGAAAUUUAUAUUGAUAUUAAUAAAUGGUUUCUGUAUUUGUAUUGAGUUAGCUAAAUAAUUGCUACCUGUAUUUUGGUUUGAGAUAGCUAAAUAAUUGCUACCUGUAUUUUGGUUUGAGUUAGCUAAAUAAUUGCUACCUGUAUUUUGGUUUGAGUUAGCUAAAUAAUUGCUACCUGUAUUUUGGUUUGAGUUAGCUAAAUAAUUGCUACCUGUAUUUUGGUUUGAGAUAGCUAAAGAAUUGCUACCUGUAUUUUGGUUUGAGUUAGCUAAAUAAUUGCUACCUGUAUUUUGGUUUGAGUUAGCUAAAUAAUUGCUACCUGUAUUUUGGUUUGAGAUAGCUAAAUAAUUGCUACCUGUAUUUUGGUUUGAGAUAGCUAAAGAAUUGCUACCUGUAUUUUGGUUUGAGUUAGCUAAAUAAUUGCUACCUGUAUUUUGGUUUGAGUUAGCUAAAUAAUUGCUACCUGUAUUUUGGUUUGAGAUAGCUAAAGAAUUGCUACCUGUAUUUUGAUUUGAGAUAGCUAAAGAAUUGCUACCUGUAUUUUGAUUUGAGUAAGCUGAAGAAUUGCUACCUGUUUUGACUUGAGUGAGCUGAAGAAUUGCUACCCGUUUUGACUUGAGUAAGCUGAAGAAUUGCUACCUGUUUUGACUUGAGGUAGCUGAAGAAUUGCUACCAAAAGAGAUGUAUAAUGUACACACACUGCAGAGUUACAGUGAGAAACCUGUAAUGUUUUUGACAAGUAUUUAUGUAUAAUUUGUGAAUAUUUAACUAUUUAUUUUGUAUAUUUGAUGAGUGAUGUAUAGCAGCAAUUAUAUAGUUAUAGAAACAAUAUACACUUUUACUUAUUGUAUAGUUUAAGGUGAUUUCUGUGGAUGGGGAAGGACUGAUUGUUUCCAGAUUAGAUAGAAUUACAUAAAUAUGACAGUAAAAUUGUCUUAUUUAAGCUCUGUAGAUUCAAGGAUAUCAGGUAGAUUACAACAGUUCAAUUUUCUGUUUGGUAUUAUAACAGCAAAGUUAAUGUCCCAAAAUUAUACUUAGUAUGUUAAACUUUGAGUACCAUUAAAGUCCAGGGGGAAAAACACAGGAAUCUUUUCUAACUGAACAGCAAUUAUAAUCAUGAAUUGAUUGUAAACAAAAAUAUUUCAAAUGAAAUAAAUUGUUUACAACUUUGUUGUUUAUCUGU